AUGACGACGCCCAUUGGCGAUUCGACGGAAUCGCCCCUAUCGUCGUCUGUUGACAUCACCGCUUCUUCGUCGUCGGUGGGACCCAAGCCGGGGGUGACCUACCCCCGAUUUCCUCGUCUGGCCGAGUACUUCAUCGUCGUUGGCGCCAAGCAACCCCUCGCCCUUCUCGAGGGGCCUAGCACGGGCGAGGUGUUGGACGUGCUGCCGCGCCCGUCUGAUGAUGACAACCCCAUCGGUGGUAUCUCCAUGGCGUGGUGGUGGCUGGUGGUAGUCGUGGUGGUCCAGUGUUUUGCUAACCUGCCUGGUGCUUGCUUGGAUGGGGAUGGAUGGAUGGAUGGAUGGAUGGAAUACACCCAGUUUUGCUUUCCCGAUGGCGUCGCAAUGAAGUUCGAGGAGGACCCGGUCAAGUUUCACACGUUCGUGCUCACCGGCCUGCUGGGCGGGCGCCUCUACGGCUUCUGCCUCGUCUUCCCCGAGCGCCACCUCCUCCCCGCAGCUCCCCCUGGACCGCCGCCGCCCGGACACAGGCACUGGCCGAAGUACGGCUACGUCUCCAAGUGCCUGUGCAUCGUCUCCCAGAAGACCUUCAUGAACACCUUCAAGCGCUAUCUCGCAUCACUCUAUCUCUUGAGCAAGGACGUCGAAGGGCUCACCUUUCCGCUCGAGUUCCACCUGGCCAACCUCCUCCUGGAGACUCCUGCCCCAGCUCCAGGUCGGAUCGAUGUCACGUUCUCGCUUCCCAACAGCCCCGAUUUCACGUUCUACCAACCAUCGCGACACGAGUUCCCUCUCAUCGACUUCUCGCUGCGAAGCUUGUUCGAAUGUUUGGAGGUUGAGCGCAUAUUGCAGCUCAUCCUGUGCAUGAUGCUGGAAAAGAAGAUCCUCCUCUACUCUCGCCACACCGCCCUCCUCACCAUCGUCACCGAGGGCGUCAGUGCGCUGCUGUAUCCGUUCAAGUGGGACCUGGUCUACGUGCCGCUCCUGUCGCGCUCGCUGAUCGACCACACGGAAGCACCCACGCCCUUCGUCAUGGGCAUGCACAGCUCCUACCUCGCCGACAUCCCCUCCAACAGAGAGGAAAUGGUGUUGGUCGAUUUGGACCACAACCGAUUGGAAACGACAGAGGUGCUGCCCGAGUUCCCCGCACGCGACAAGGGCGAGCUGAUCGAGCGGCUCAUGACCCACAUCCACCCGGCCCUCGAGACCAUCGACCUGGCCUUCCCCGCCAUGUCCGCCAACAACGUCGAACUGGAGCGCACGCCUGAGCGGUGGACGGCGUACCACGAGAAGCGAAUACGAGCGUCGUUCUUCAUGUUCUACGCGGACCUCAUCAACGGCUACCAGUUCAGCGGGGACGGCAACGGCAACGCCGACGAGUCCUUCAUCGCCGUCCAGCCCGACUCAUCGAAGGAGUUCUUCGAGAAGUUCUUCGGCACCGAGAUGUGGUACUCCUUCGUCGAGGAGCGCAAGAAGCACGGCGACGACCUCUUCGAAGACUUCAUCAACUAUCGCGAGGAGCGAGCGACGCGAAGAGGCAAGGCGAACGUUGCGGACGCGGGGAGGGAGCGGCGGCGAGAGCGGGAGAGGGAGCUGGACUAUCUGAUGGACCGGUUCGGCAGCGGCGGCGGCGCGUGCACCCACGUCACGGUGCCCCGGCCCUCGUUCGCCCACCUCGCGCCGGAGCGGGAGGAGGUCGUACGGCGCAUACUCGACGAGCGCCGCGCGCAGGCCCGCGCCGCGGCCGAGGAUGAGUCGUGGAGGCGGCGCCUGGAGGAGUGGAACGUCGAACGCAAGCGCGCCCGGGAGAUCGAGCGCGAGCGCGAGAAGGAGCGGCUCAUGAACCGCGAGUCGCCCAACGGUUCCGGUGGAUUCACGAGCUCGCCCACCCGACAGAGGGCCAACUCGCUGCAGCAGCCCACCACCACGGGGAUGGCGCCCCAGAACGCGCCACCGCAGUAUCUGGCGCCCACACCCCAGCGCCAGGCCGCCCCGGUCUCGCCUCGCUCCGCUCGCGUGAACACGCUGGCCACUCCGCUGAGCUCCUCCCAUCCCGAGAGGGGUCCCUCGCCGAGGCCCAAGUCGCCCAACGGCGCGAUGGGACCCAACUCCGGCCCGACGCCUCCACCCCGCAUUAAGAGACCCCUCACCUCCGGGCAGGCGCUCUCGACUCCGCAUCUGUUUCCGCUGCAAGGCCGGAAGGACAUGCCGCCGCCGGCCACCCCCGGCGGCGGCGGUCGGCCGGCCCAGCCGCAGCCGCUGCUGGGCGCCAGCCGCACGCCGGUCCACUCCACCUCGCGCCAGCGCCGCGACAUGCUCGAGCACAUCCACAAAUCGCAGAAGGAAUUCGAAAAACGCGAACCGACCGACGCCGCGGGCAAGCGACCGCGGCCGUCCUCCAUCAACCUGGGUGUACAGCGCCGCGGCCACCGCAGGAGCAAGUCCGUCGCCAUCGUUCACACGACGAGGUCGGCGGGGUCGUUAGACACGACGGACCUGGAGGGGCGGGGCGAACUACGCGUCUCCAAGGAGGAGAGCGACCUCAACAGCUCCACCGGGAGCGACUUGGGCGAAGGCAGCGAAGACGACGAGUUCGGCUACGAUAUGGAAGAGGAGGAGUGCAAGGAGGAGGAAUCGGACGAGGACGAGGAGGCGGUGACGCUCGAGGAGGACGCCAAGCGGCCGUGGUCGUUCCCGCGGCUGGCCCAGGAGGUGUUCGACGCCUUCGAGGGGCGGUACGACCAGCUGGUCGAGCAGCUGUCCCGCCGCAUUGCCGCCUCCCCCGAGAUCGCGCAGCUCUACAUGCUACGCGCCCGCCUCUACACCGAGCUCGGCGACCCUCUCAACGCUCUUCGGGAUCACGACAAGGUGUGGUCGUUGAUGUACGGGCACGCGCACGUGAUCGCGGAGAACAGGGAGCUGAUGAAGGCCCUGUUCCCGCUCCUCGACGAGCAGCAGCGCGAGGAGGCCUCCAAGAUCGGGACCUACACCGAGUCCCAGCUCUCGCACUUCAUCAAAAAGUGUGAACACGAGCACGAGCACGACGACGACGAUCGCGAGGGUGACGACAAGGACAAGUCGAUGCUGGAUUCGCUGGAUCGUUCGUCGGGCGACAUGUUCGAUAGCACCAAUUCGCCCAUCAGCCCGCGGGCCAAGGGUGCCGCCACCUCCAACAACCCCGCUGUCAUCACCAUCGCCCCGCCUCCGCUCAAGGAUGAGAGCGACGGGGAGUGGGAGUACAAGGUGUACGUGGGGAAGUUGGUGAGCGCCCUGCCCGCGACCAAGAAGAUCCACCGGAGGGAGUUCAUUGACUACGCCGUCUCCGUCAACCUCUGCCCCGACGUCUACGACGCCAAGAUGCACGCCACCCACCCACCCCGAGAUCCACUCUACACCAUCGCAUUUUGGGCAUUGUUUGCGGUGCUGACGGCGACGAAGAAGGCGGCCCCGAGCAAGUUCAUCCUGCCCAGCAAGCUCGUCAAGUUCGUCAAGACGGUGCAGGCGACCUACUGCCAGACCGUGAGCUGGAUCCCGCGCCUCGGUCGAGGAGAGGUGGUCCUGCGGGUGUCGUCGAGCAGCGUGACCACCACAUCGGGCGCGAGGGGCUACAUGAUCCUCACCAACCACCGCCUCCUCUUCGCGCCCAAGAAGCCGUCCAAGAAGGAGGACGAUCAGAGCAAGAGCAACUUCCUCCUGAGCAACAUUGUGAAAGUGGAGCGACACAACUUCAAGAUCUUCAUACCGCCGGGUUUGCCCUGCCUCAACAUCCACGACCGGACGCGCAAUUACGAGACCUUCUGCUUCCUGUCGUGGGUCGAGCGCGACAUCUGGAUGUCUUGCCUCAACGAAAUGCAGGUGGCCUACGAGAUUGCGAUCGAUCUGUCCGACCCGCGUAUCAUCUGCCACACCGCACAUCGCCUCAUGCUCAGUGAAGCCAUCUUCCGCAUCAAGAAGCGAUACGUCAGGAAUCUGUUCGCGUUUGCAGACUUUACGUCGCAGUCGUUCUACCAAAUCGCGAAGCGGCUCGAGGCGCGUGGCAUUCUCAACACCAGCCACUCCUGGGACAUCAACCAACCCGUCCGGCAUGCAUGCGCUGUCUCCGAAGAUCUGCUCGGGGCCAUCGUGGCGCUGUUCUUCGCCCACGUCCUGCCCGACGGCCAUCAGGUGGACUUCAAGGCGUUGGCCGCCUCGCCCGACUUCCAGCGCUUCGAGGAGUCCAGCGCCGAGCUACAGUUGAGUGCCAAGGAGCGUACGGCGUUCUUCAUCAACGUGUACAACGUGCUGGCCAUCCACGGGUUCGUGGUGACGGGCUUCCCGCGCUGCCAGCUCGAUUGGCGCUACUUUGCGCGCACCGCCUGCUACGACAUCGCCGGCCUCCCCUUCUCCCUCGACGAAAUCCACCACGGCCUCCUUCGAGGCAACCGGGCAGGCCCGUGGUUCUCGAAGAAGCGGUUCACGGACGACGACCCCCGGUUGCAGUACACGAUCGAGCGGCCGGACUACCGCGUCCUGUUCGCCCUCUCCAUCCACUCGUACUCGUCGCCGUGCCUCCGCCUCUACGACGCCGACAACAUCGAGGUCUGGCUCAACCUCGCCACCGAGGAGUACAUCUCCUCCAACGUGCAGAUCCUGCCCGCCAAGGACCGACAGCAACAGCAGCUGAUCCUGCCCGAGAUGCUGCGAUGGUACUACAAGGACUUCCUCGAAUUCUCCGGCGGGGAGGCCGACACCGACGCCUCGCCCCCCUCGUCUUCACCCGGGCCGUUGGGCGGUGCGGGCAGCUCGAGCCUGACGGGUCUGCUGCGGCGCGUGGUGCUGCCCUUCCUGUCGGGCGGGAAACGGAAGGCCCUCCAGACCCUCAUGGCGAGCGAGGGCGCCCCCUACGACGUCAAGUGGAUCUACACGUGGACGCCCUCCCCCAAGCCCUUCCGCCAGCUCUGA